AUGAAGAGAUCACACUGUCGAAAUUCCCGUCAGGCAUAUUCUAAAUGUCGAGGAGUAUGCUGUCUGAUACUAGGCAUUGUAACUGGUUUGUUAUUACUGUUAAAUUUUAAAGUAUUCUUUGGAAAUACGUUCAAUUAUCAAGAGUACUAUAAAUAUUAUAAGAAUAAAAAAAAUUAUUUAUCCGAUAAAUUAAGAGAGUUUAUUGUUAAAAAUAUUGUGGAUGGUGGUAGUAGUAUUAGUCGUAGUACCGCUACUACAAAUUAUGAUUAUGAUAAUAAUAAAAAAUAUCUAAUCAUUAAUGCACAAACUACAUAUAACCAUUUAGACAACAAAAAUACACAGAGUAAACAAAAGAACAGAGAGCAUACAAUAACUAUUACUAACCCACCUUAUUUCAAUACAACUACUAUUAAUUCAAAGCCAAGUAUUCACAUAGAUACAGACUAUUCUACAAAACUGUAUAAUAAAAUAAGAAUAUUGUGUUAUAUUAAUACACAUCCAGAAAAUUAUUAUAAGAAAGCCAUACAUGUACAUAAGACAUGGGCUAGAAGAUGUACAAAGCAUAUAUUUAUGAGUACAAAAUUCGAUCCAAUUCUACCGGUUGCUGUUUUAAAAUUACCGUAUCCAGAAGUGAGAAUGCAUUUAUGGAGUAAAUUUCGCAUCAUACUUCGUUACAUUUACCAAUUUCGUAAUGAUUAUGAUUAUUUUUUAAAGACCGAUGAUGAUGCCUACGUAAUUAUGGAAAACUUAUUGAAUGUUUUACAGAAUUACUCACCAGAUAUGCCUUUUAUGCUUGGGCAUAGAUUUCCGAUUCUUGCUCGAAAUGGUUAUUUUUCUGGUGGUGCAGGCUACGUUCUAUCUAGAGAAGCAUUAAAGCGUAUAGUUGAACAGUCAAUUGACAGACAUCAUAAUUGUCCAGUUUAUGAUGAAAAUAUGGAAGACGUAAAAAUGAGUAUAUGUGGACAAGCAGUUGGUGUUCGCUUAUAUGAUGUAUUUGAUAUACUUGGUCGUUAUCAAUUCCGUUGGAGAUCGCUUGAUAUGUUGUUGAAUUUUACAUCUUUUCGAAGUUUGCACUGGCGUCCUUUGAAAUUACAACCGCAAACCUUAUAUGCAGCACCACAUCAAUCAUUACUUAGUGAUGUUGGAAUCAGCUUUCAUUAUGUUACACCAGAUAUGAUGUAUAUGUUAGAAUAUUUCUUAUAUCAUUUACGUCCAAUUGGAUUAGUGAAUAAUUUUGUACAACUACCUAAAGAAAUGUGUAAUGUACAAUGA